UUUCUUUGUAAAGAGGUAUUGUGCAUUUCCUUUUAAAUGUCAUUUUUUUUUCAGCCUGUAGCCUCUAAGCACGUAACAAACAGCCCCUUGCAUGGUGAGAAACAACAGCGGGUCCAAGUUCAGCAGAUGUUUGAAAACACCGGUGAGCAUACAGUGCUGAGGGCACAGCAAAAUGGACUGGCCCCAGUGAACCAGACCAGCCUUCCAACACAAGGCAAACACCAGAAGAGCGCUCUCCCUCAACUGGGCUGCUGUGCCUCUACUACUAUAUCAUGUGACCGCAAGUUCAGGGCUGCAUACAUGACCCCUGCACAGGCUCUGAAACAUUACAAGACUAAACUGACACAGUUUGAACACCGUGAGAUCUUCAAUUAUUCAAAGAUCUUCUUUGUUGGUCAAAAUGCCAAGAAACGACCAGGUGUUUUGGGGGCUUCAAACAACUGUGGCUAUGAUGAUGACCAGGGCUCCUAUAUCUUUGUGCCACAUGAUCAUCUUGCUUAUCGCUACGAGGUACUGAAGAUCAUUGGCACAGGCACCUUUGGCCAGGUGGUGCAGGUUUAUGACCACAAAACACACCAACAAGUGGCAAUCAAAAUGGUGAGAAACAAGAAGCGCUUCCAUCGGCAGGCGGCAGAGGAGAUACGGAUCCUGCAGCACCUUCGCAAGCAGGACAAGGAUAACAAAAUGAAUGUCAUUCACAUGUUGGAACAUUUCACAUUCCGCAACCAUGUGUGUAUAACCUUCGAGUUGCUAAACAUGAACCUCUAUGAGCUUAUCAAAAGCAACAAAUUCCAGGGGUCCAGCCUACUACAAGUGCGCAAGUUUGCACAUUCAAUUUUGCAGUGUCUCGUGUCAUUACACAAGAACCAGAUCAUCCAUUGUGACCUCAAACCUGAAAACAUCAUGAUCAAGCAGCAAGGUCGUGCCGGAAUUAAAGUAAUAGAUUUUAGUACAAGCUGUUAUGAGCACCAGCAGAUUUACACUUACAUUCAGACACGCUUCUACCGUGCUCCAGAAGUCAUCCUGGGAUCACGCUAUGGUAUGCCCAUCGAUAUGUGGAGUUUUGGGUGCAUUUUAGUGGAAUUACUCACUGGGUACCCUCUGUUCCCUGGAGAAGAUGAAGGGGACCAACUCGCAUGUAUUAUUGAGCUGCUGGGUAUGCCACCUCAGAAGGUUUUGAAUGUAUCCAAAAGAGCCAAAAAUUUUAUAAGUCCCAAAGGUUAUCCCCGUUACUGUAAAGUUAGCACUCUACCAGAUGGCUCAGUAGUGCUGAAUGCAGGACGGUCAUGUGGUGGAGAAGUUCGAGGGCCCCCAGGGACCAAGGAGUGGAAGACGGUUCUCAAAGGCUGUGAUGACCUCAUGUUCUUAGAGUUUUUGAAGCAGUGUCUGGAGUGGGACCCAUCAUUGCGCAUGACCCCCCUCCAGGCCCUGCAUCACCCUUGGCUCAAAAAUGGCUUGAUAAAGCCCCCCUGUGUGGAUAGUGGUCUCAUGAAGGAGAUCCCAGAGAGCUCAGAUUAUAUACCUUCAGUUGACAAAUUAGCUCUACCCUUGAGCUUGGCUUCCAAACAGACCAAUCUGGCAGAGGUGAGUGAUGCUAAUGGAAAUGUUCACCUGAGGAUCCAGUUGUCAGAAUUAGUGAGUCAAACUUGCACAUGCUUAACUUGCUCAUGGUACAGCUGGUGCCAUAGCCUUGCAAUUGAAGGACCUCAGUUUGAAUCCUGGUCCCUGUUGUAAUACUUUUGAGUAAGGUGCUGACCCUAAGUUGCUAAACAACUAAGUAGCACAGUGUAAAAACUUAACAUUGUAU